GAUCCACCUUCCCACUACUAACCUCAACUCUGAAGCGACUGCUACAGCUUGAAGGCACAUGUCUUUUUCUGGUUAAACUCCGUUAACAGCUUAUACUGCCACCUGCUAACUGUUAAGACACAUUAUUGAACGGAUGCUGUGGAUUUCAGUUCUGCUCCUGAAAGAGAUAUGAACCUUCCCAGGGUACACAUCUUGUUGGCAUUGUUUCUCUGUGUAUAUUCUGGCCGAGUAUUCUGCUCAGAAGAUGAGACGCGGUUAGUGAAAACCCUGUUCACCGGUUACAACAAAGUGGUUCGUCCUGUUAACCACUUCAGUGAGGCUGUAGUAGUCACUGUGGGACUGCAGCUCAUCCAACUUAUCAGUGUGGAUGAAGUUAACCAGAUUGUGACCAGUAAUGUCCGUCUCAGACAGCAAUGGAUAGAUGUGAACCUAAAAUGGAAUCCAGAUGAAUACGGUGGCAUCAAGAAGAUCAGAAUCCCUUCAACUGAUAUAUGGAAACCUGAUUUAGUGUUAUACAACAAUGCUGACGGUGACUUUGCCAUCAUCCAUGAAACUAAGGUUCUGCUGGAGUACACUGGCAUGAUAACAUGGAACCCGCCAGCCAUCUUUAAGAGUUACUGUGAAAUUAUCGUCCUUCACUUCCCAUUCGACCUGCAGAACUGCAGCAUGAAACUGGGGACCUGGACAUAUGAUGGUCUUCUGGUUGUCAUCAAUCCAGACAGUGAUCGACCUGACCUCAGUAACUUCAUGGAGUCGGGUGAAUGGGUGUUAAAGGACUACAGGAGCUGGAAACACUGGGUUUACUACACCUGCUGUCCUGACACUCCAUACCUCGACAUCACCUACCACUUCCUGAUGCUACGGCUGCCACUUUAUUUCAUUGUCAAUGUCAUCAUCCCCUGUAUGCUGUUCUCUUUUCUCACUGGACUAGUCUUUUAUCUCCCUACUGAUUCUGGUGAAAAGAUGACUCUCUCCAUCUCCGUUCUGCUGUCUCUGACUGUCUUCCUGCUGGUCAUCGUGGAGCUGAUCCCCUCCACUUCAAGUGCUGUUCCCCUUAUAGGGAAAUACAUGCUCUUUACAAUGGUGUUUGUCAUCGCGUCCAUCAUCAUCACAGUCAUCGUCAUCAACACACAUCACCGUUCGCCCAGCACACACACCAUGCCUGCAUGGAUACGCAAGGUCUUUAUUGAAACCAUUCCCAACAUGAUGUUCUUCUCAACAAUGAAGCGUCCCAGUCAGGAGAUCCGGCAGAAGAGACUGUUCCCUACUGACAUGGACAUCUCUGACAUCUCAGGCAACCCAACCCCCACCAGUGUCACCUACCAGUCUCCUAUCAUUAAAAACCCUGAUGUGCGCAGUGCAAUUGAAGGGGUGAAGUACAUUGCUGAAACUAUGAAAUCAGACGAGGAAUCGAACAAUGCAGCAGAGGAGUGGAAGUUCGUUGCCAUGGUUUUGGAUCACAUCCUGCUGUGUGUGUUCAUGGCUGUGUGCAUCAUCGGGACGCUUGCUGUAUUUGCUGGGAGACUCAUUGAGCUCAACAUGCUGUAAACGGAGAAUGUGUGAUGAGUUUUGACAUCUGAUUUGAAGAGGCAUCAGGAGAAGACUGAUCCAGACCGUAUUUUUCCCACUGCGCCACUAACUCUUGUGUCACAUUUAACUGUGUGAGUUUGUGUAUUUACUAAAAUUGAAAAUUCGAUAAGAGAAACUCCGACUGAUGAGUCUUUUGAUCUAAAUGGGUCAUACUUGAAGCUUUUCCUGUUCCUAACAUGCUUUUUUUCUAUUGCUUUUCUACUGUUUGUGAUUGCUGCCGUCUCUCUGGUGGGCACUCCUUGUGCAUUUUAUUACUCUUGAAGCCAGAAAGAUUUGAAUUAACGUGCUGGUAUAUUUUGGCAGCUUUAUGAAUGUGUUGGUCAGAUGAAGUGCAGGCAAAAUAUUUUCCUGUGUGGAAGUUUUAUUGAUUGGUUUUGCCUGAUACUUUCUUACUUUCAAGUUUUAUUUAUGGGUUAAAGUCCGUUGGUUUGCAUUGUUUGAAGGUAAGACUGAAAAUCUGAGUACAAAUAAGGUUUUAGUUGUAAGAGAACCUCUGAUGACUCUUACAUUUUGAUUUCUUGUGCAAGGAAUUUACCACAGUAACCAUGAAGUGACUCACAGUGAAGUAAUUAUUUUAAUAAAAAUACUUUUGUCUUCUAGCAUAGUAAACACACAGAAGUAGCAAAGGAUAAUUGUUAAGCUGACAUAUAUAUGAACUCCAUUGGAUGUAUAAUUCAAGUAUAAAAGCUGCACUGUUGCUGCUUGUGUUUCAACAAGUUUAAGGCAACUUGAUUUAUUUUGUGGCUUUACUUAAAACUUGACCAUACGCUUACUUCAGUGUCAUGACACAGCAAACUCCUGCUGAAUCAAUCGCUGUGUUUUUCUUUUGUAAUUAUUGUUGUAUAGAUGUGGAACAGAAGAAAAAAUAAACUAUAUCAACCAUU